AUGGAUGAUACCGAACGCCGAACGGUGAAGCGCUCGCGCUUCGAUCAGACCGAGCCGGAACCCAGAAAGGCGUCACGAUUCGACCGUCGUUCUCGAUCUCCUCCGUCGCGUCGCUCCGAAUCGGGUCGAGACCGUAGCCCUAUUGCGAAAGAUGAAACUCCUGAGAUGAAAAAGUCUCCAACCGAUGCUGCCGCUGCCGCUGCUGCUGCCGCGGCCAGAAUCAAUGCGCAGCUCCAAGCUCGCAAAGGAAUCCAACACGUCGACGUGCCUCCGAUCAGGUCUGCCGACACUGAAUCACCACCACCGCGACCAUCUUCGACCCCCCAGAGCGCAAACAAGAUAGCGCCCGCGAUUGAUGGAGAGAUGUACGUUGCGGAUGGUGAUUACAUCCAGGAUAUCGAGGUCAAUGAUCUGAGGAAUCGUUACCUCCUCACUAAAGGGUCGACACAGAAAAUGCGCAAAUGGCCCGAGGAGAAGAUUCCGAUCAGUUUGGAGCCUGUCCAUGGUUUCAACCUGCGUGCUCAGGUCGUUGGACACGGCGGUGCUUAUGUAAAGCACAUCCAGCAGGAAACAGGCUGUCGUGUGCAGAUCAAGGGCCGGGGAUCUGGAUAUCUUGAGGCAGCCACAAACCACGAGAGCGAUGAGGAUAUGUUCCUCCACGUCACUGGACCUGAUGCCAACAUGGUCGAAAAGGCAAGGGAGCUUUGUGAGGACCUGAUCGCCAAUGUCAAGGAACAAUAUGAGGAGUUCAAGAGCCGUCCACCUCGCUACGGCGGUGACCGCUAUGGAGGUGACCGACACGGAGGUGACCGACACGGAGGUGACCGAUACAAUGGUGGUGGCGACCGCAACCAUUCUCACGGCGGCUCCCAUGGCGGAUCUCAUGGUGGCUACGGCGGCUACGGAGCUAACUCUGGUGGUGCUUCUAAUAGCCCAGCACCUGCUGCCGUGAACAGCCCUACUAACGCUGCUGAUUAUGCUGCGCAGUACGCCCAGUACUAUGGCAGUGCAGAUCCUUAUGCAGCCUACGGUGGUUAUGCUAACUAUGUCGCUAUGUAUCAGCAAUACUACGGUGUCCAGGCACAGGCGCAAGCGCCAGGUGCACCGGGUGCCCCUGGCCAGUCAGCUUCACCACCUCCGCCCCCGAGUGAAGCGGCUCCCCCUCCCCCUCCGCCGCCCAGCUCGGCGCCCCCACCUCCUCCACCCUCCGGAUCCCCCCCUGGAACUUCGGGAGGCUAUGGCUCGGUUCCUCCUCCGCCGGGACUUUAG